AUGCCAAUGGCAAAUAACAAAACACAAUGUUUCACAUGUAAUAAAGAAAAAAUUACAUAUUCUUGUAAAGGAUGUUCAAAAGAAUUUUGCUUUAUGGAUUUAGCAGAACAUCACAAAAGAUUAAAUGAAGAACUACAUCAUAUCAUUGAUGAUUAUAAUGCAUUUAAAGAAAGAAUUAAUGAACAAAAACAAAAUCCACAAAAUCAUGCAUUAAUAAAUCAAAUUGACCAAUGGGAAAUAGAUUCAAUUGAAAUAAUUCAACAAAAAGCGAAAGAGUGUAGAGAAAUUGUCAUUAAAUUAUCUCAAACAUGUAUUAAUGAUAUUGAGAAGAAAUUCAAUGAUUUAACGGAACAAAUACAACAACUUCAGAAAGAAAAUGAUUUUAAUGAAAUUAAUUUCAAUUAUUUAACAAAUCAAUUAAUAGAAAUUACAGAAGAAUUAAAUAAUCCAUCAAAUAUUUCUAUUCAACGAGAAUCACAAUCAUUUAUGAAGGAGAUUUCAAUUGUUUUAUCAAAAAAAUCAAAAUUCAAUAAAUGGAAACAAAAUGGCAUCACCGUAGCUGGUGGAAAUGGAGAAGGAAAAGAAUUAAAUCAAGUCAAUCGCCCUACAGGAAUCCUUAUUGACAAAAAGAAAAAUAUUUUCAUCGCUGAUUCUUAUAAUCAUCGUAUUGUUGAAUGGAAAUAUAAUUCAAAGAAAGGAAAAAUUGUUGCAGGUGGAAAUGGAGAAGGACAUCGAAUAAAUCAAUUGAACUACCCAACAGAUGUGAUUAUUGAUCAACAAAAUCAUUCGAUCAUCAUUGCUGAUUAUAAUAACAGACGAGUGAUUCAAUGGUUGAAUCAAAAUCAACAAAUUCUCAUCGAUAAUAUUGACUGUUAUGGCCUAGCAAUGGAUAAAAAUGGAUUUCUUUAUAUUUCUGAUUAUCAGAUGGAUGAAGUGAGACGGUGGAAAAUUGGUGAAUACAACAACGAAGGAAUUUUAGUUGCAGGUGGAAAUGGUGAAGGACAGAAACUCAACCAUCCUACUUUUAUGUUUGUUGAUGAAGACCAAUCGAUUUAUGUAUCAGAUGGAAACAAUAAUCGUGUGGUGAAAUGGAAAAAAGGUGCAAAACAAGGAACAGUUGUAGCUGGGGGAAAUGGUCAAGGAAGAAAUCUCAAUCAAUUGUCUUAUCCUCGAGGAGUAAUUGUUGAUCAUUUGGGUCACAUCUAUGUGGCAGAUAGUCAGAAUCAUCGAAUAAUGCGUUGUUGUGAAGGAAAAGAAGAAGGUGAAAUUGUUGUUGGUGGAAAUGGAAAAGGAAACGAAUCAAAUCAACUGAAUAAUCCUUAUGGUUUAUCUUUUGAUAACGAGGGCAAUCUUUAUGUUGUUGAUGGCUGGAAUCAUCGAAUUCAAAAAUUCGAUAUAGUUUUGUAA